AUGCCCAACCCCAUCGAACGAGAUGACGUCCAGACCGUCCAUCUUACGUUCCACGGCGGCCCAGCAUCCUACGAGAUGACGUUCCCUGCCGACGGCAAGACUAGACAAACCAAUAGCGACAUCAACGUCAACAUCAUCGACGCUCCAGACUACAAUGCCUUCUCGCAGUGCACCUUCACCACUAAUGGGGAAAAGACCCUCGUCCAGAGCAUCGACAGUGACGGAUCGCAGCACAUCAUUGUCGGCCCUCCCCAGGUCAUAACCGCGGUGAGCUGCCAGGGCUUUUGUGUGCCUACAUACGGCGAGUGCUACGACAGCAACGGGCAGCCCGUGGGACCUUGCUGUAACGGGUUCUGCGCUGCCAAUCGUUGCCGACCCUGGUCCACGGCCACUUCCUCAUCUUAG